UUUCGUCUCUUUUCAAUUGAAUUGUUGAAAUUGAGACUCUUCAGAGACAGAGAAACGCGAGUUCUGGAGUUAGUGAAAGUGUACUGUUUUGCCUUAAGAGUCUCGCAGUGUUCGAGGCCGCGAAAUACUUAACAAGCAUGUCUGUCUCACAAAGGAAUUACAACAUAAAGCAGGAAAUAUAUAUUCGAAUAGCUGAUGACGAAAAUGAGGAGGCUAUAGAAAUUCCAGGAGAAUCAGAUGGCACCAUGUUAUUGUCCAGCGUUACAGCCCAAUUUGCUGGGGCAUGCGGUCUCAAGUAUAGAAAUGCUGACACUCAAACAAUGAGGGGAGUGCGAUUGGUUGAAGGUACAUUUCAUCCACCAGAUGGUUCGUGGGGAUCACAACUUUAUAUUGUUGUUUAUCCAAAAGAUAAUAAACGAAAGAUGGAUGACACUGAAAGUCAAGGAAUCCGCAGUAAAAGGCCGGCACAAAAAUGCUCGGACCUAAUUGUUAUGGGAUUACCUUGGGAAACAUCUGUCAACGAUUUAAAACAAUAUUUUGGACAAUUUGGUGAAUUACUUAAAACUCAUCCUGAAACAGGAAAAUCGAAAGGAUACGGCUUCAUAAAAUUUGCUGAUUAUGAGGUUCAAAAGAGAGUUACAAGCAAGCGUCAUCAGAUAGGAGGAAGGUGGUGUGAUGUGAAAAUUCCAUAUUCCAAGCAACAACAAGGGCAAUCCCAGCUAAGUAACAGGAUAUUCGUUGGACGAGUGACAGAGGAUAUGACUGAUGAUGACUUGAGAUCUUAUUUCCGGCAGUUUGGUGAAGUCACUGAUGUAUUUGUUCCAAAACCAUUUCGUCCUUUUGCAUUUAUUACUUUUGAUGAUGAAGAUGUGGCCGCAAGUUUAUGUGGGGAAGAUCAUAUUAUAAAUGGUGUAAGCGUAUUUACAAGCUCUGCCGAUCCAAAAUCAAAAUCCCCUGCACAGAAUCAAGGUUUCAAUAAUAACAUGGGUGCAAGUGGAGGGGGAGCCAGCGGUGGAUUCUACAGUAGUGGCGGAGGGGGAUUCGAUGGUCGUAAUCGACAAAUGCGAGAUCAUGAAAGGGGAGGCUGGAACAGAUCACAUGGAGGGGGCAGUAAUCCUAUGGCUAGCAACAGUGACAGUGGUGGAUCAUUUGCAAGUAACAGUGCUCCUUCACCACCAAGUUUCCCUGGAAUGCCAGGGAACCCAAAUCAAUUUAAUAUGAAUCUCAUGAAUCCAGCAAUGUUAGCAGCUGCGCUCGGAUCUUGGAACCAAAUGCUUAAUGGAAUGAUGGGUGCCGGUGGACAAAUGCCUGGCGGUGCCACACAGAUGCCCAUGCCGCCCAUUCACGGUGUCACGUCACCAAUGUCUGGUAGCGGCUCAAGUGGGAAAAAACAGGAUGGGUCAGGGUAUAGUGACAAUUGGAAUAACAAUCGUGAUAAUUCUCAAAAGAAUAAUGGUAAUUGGCAAUAUAAUCCGUAUGACAUCUGAGAUACAUUUUUAAUUGUUUUUUUUCUUAAAUUUUGCCAACUUUGUGAUGUGCUGUAUAUGCGCCUAGUAUUCAGUUGAAGCUUUGCAGUUAAAGAUUGCUGUAGGAGGCGGGUGCCUUUUAUGACUGUGGGAAUGUGUUUACCAUGAUUUUAUCAGUAACUCGAUGAGGUGCAGAUUUCCAAAUGGGAACUUGCUUUACUGAUUAUAAUUCCAACUGAUGAUGUAAAUAAUGUUUUUCAUUAUCUAUCAAUUGUCAUUUUACGUUUUGAAUACAUAUAAAUAUUACGGACUUUUGUAAGUAAAAAAAUCGGUCAAUAGCUGUG